CUGCGAAGUCACAUAUGGAAAGAAAGUAAUUCUUCUCAUAUAGUAAUAUAAUAAUUAUGAUAUAAAGAUGUUAUCAAAAGAAAAUAUUCUUGAUAUAAAGCUGGCAUACAAAUUCUACCGACCCAUCUGAUCCAUAAGAAUUCUGAAAUGGAAGCUGAAACAGUGGUGCAUACAGGAGGAUGCCAUUGUAAGAGUGUAAGGUGGAAGGUGGUAGCUCCUUCCAGUGUAGUGGCAUGGGACUGCAACUGCUCAAACUGUUACAUGAGAGCUAAUACUCACUUCAUUGUACCUGCUGAAAAGUUUGAGCUUUUGGGAGAUUCUGCUAAGUUUCUUACAACUUACACGUUUGGAACUCACACUGCAAAGCACACAUUCUGUAAAAUAUGUGGUAUAACUUCAUUCUAUUACCCACGCUCAAACCCAGAUGGGGUUGCAGUUACAGUCAGGUGUGUUGACCCUGGAACGUUGACACGCAUUGAAAUCAAGCAUUUUGAUGGGAAGAAUUGGGAACGUUCAUAUAAUGAAACAGGCAUCUCUUCAUGUUCAAAGGUGCAGAAGUGACUCUCAUAACAUCAGGGGCUACAAAUUAGUUGAUAUCAUUGGCAAAGUCCUGCAUGAAGUUUUUAUUUCGUUCAACACAUUGUGUUGUUGCUGCUGCAAAUAUUAUGGGUUUAAUAAUGCAAAUAAGGAACUUGUUAAACAAACAAAUUAUCUUAUUUGAAUGAUUUAGUUUUGGAUUGUU